CAUCAUGAAAAAAAUUAUUUUAUCAUUGUGUUUAUUACAAAUUACCUGGUGUAAAGUAGUGGAUCAAACAUGGUGGAAAUACACCACGAUGUACCAAGUAUUUUUACCAUCUUUUAAAGAUGGCAAUGGCGAUGGAAUGGGUGAUUUGAAAGGAUUGAUAUCAAAACUCGAUCAUUUUUCGGACAUGGGCAUUGAAACUAUUUACAUAACUCCUCACUUUAAAUCUCCAAUGGUGGAUAGCGGCUACGAUAUCAUGGAUUAUACUUCCGUUAAUCCAUUAAUGGGAACGAUGGAAGAUUUUGAGACGUUAAUCAGAGAAAUGAAUUCUAGAGGAUUGAAGUUGGUGAUCGAUUUGGUGAUAAAUCACAGCAGUGAUCAACAUCCUUGGUUUAUUAAAUCAAUAAAAAAUGAGAAACCGUACGCUGAUUUUUACGUAUGGAAAGAUCCGAAAGGUUACGAAAUAAAUGGAGACCCUAUUCCUCCAAAUAAUUGGUUGAGUGUUUUCGAUGGAAGUGCUUGGAAAUGGAAUGAUGAACGAAAGCAGUUCUAUUUGCAUCAGUUUUCUUCAGGACAGCCGGAUUUUAAUUUGAGAAAUAAAUUUUUGAAAACUGAAAUAAAUAAAAUCUUCGAAUUCUGGAUGAACAAAGGAGUAGCUGGAUUCAGACUGGAUGCUGUAAAACAUUUUCUCGAAGACAAACAACUUAGAGACGAACCGCUUUCUUCGCCAGAUAUUAAAGUUCCUUAUAAAUGCCAUGAUUUGAAACACAUCUACACCAACAACAUUCCGGAUACUUACGAAUACAUUUAUGAAAUACGAAGAUAUUUUAAUAGACUUUCCAAGAAGUUCACGGAUUUUGAAAGAGUCUUGAUCAUAGAAGAUUACGCCAGAGGUGAUGUAUUGCUCCGAUACUAUGGUACGGAAAAACGCCAAAUAGCUCAUCUCCCUUUAAAUUUCUUCUUCGUCGAAGCCCUUCUUCAGAGCGAAAAUGCAUCCUUUUAUCAUAACAGUAUUAAUAAUUAUCUGACAAGUUUACCAGAAUGGGCUACUCCAACUUGGAAUAUUGAAAAUCAUGAUAAAUUCCGAAAAGGAUAUUUAUUCGGUGAAGAUUUUGAAUUUCUUAGUGUUUUACUGGUGAUGAUGUUACCUGGAAUGACGUAUUUGUAUUAUGGACAAGAAAUAGGACUCAUAGGAUCGAAAAUUAGGCCAAACCAGGCAGCAAAUUUUUUCAUCGAUGAUCUUACUCAAACGUCUCGUGAUUACUUUAGACUACCUAUGCACUGGGAUGAUUCUCUGAAUGCAGGUUUUUCCACAAAUCGAGACUUAUAUCUACCACUAAGCCCCAACUACUGGAGAAUAAAUGUGAAAAGUCAAAAAGAAACCGAACACAGUUAUUAUCACAUGUUUAAAAAAAUUGUGAAUUUGAGGAAAACUGACACACUGAAAUACGGAGACUUCGAGUCGUAUAUAAUUUCCACGUGGGUUUAUGCAUUCUCAAGGACGUUCAAAGGACAAUCUUACAUCGUAAUAUUUAAUUUUGGCAGCGAAACCGAAUUCAUUGACCUUCAUAACUGCAUCGAUGAUUUACCUCGUUUUUCAAUUAUUGAAGUAGCCAGUCCCAAUUCUGGUUAUAAAGUGGGGGAUAAACUGCCAACAAUGCAAGAAAUACCAACAAUAUUAAUUCUGAGGCCUUUGGCAGCGUUGGUGUUAAGUACUACUCACAGCAGUGUUUAGGUAAAAGUCUUGAUUUAUUUAUAUGUAUGUAUUCUAUUGUACCUACACAUCAAUAAAAAAAAAUUACAUGCCAAA